ACACCUCCGACCGAACUCCGCAUCCUUCACGCUUCGCAGUGGUGAACUUCCACCUCAACCCCACUUGUGCCCACAAAUUACUGGCGUGACGCGGAAGUCCUUCUCUUGAAGGGUAAUCUCCGCCGCAUGAGCGCAGCAAGUACGACACUCUCAUUGCUCGCAUAAGCCUCUCCCCAGCUUGGAGCUUAUAUGACCCAUCACUCCUUCGAAAUCGAUAGCCGCGCACCGCGCACCCCACCACUACCAUGCAAGGCUUCAACAUGGGACGGUACUAUCCGCCUGACGCCUCCAAUCCCCCAACUUUCAACAAAUUGCACCCACUCGGCGCACGCGCGUCCAAAAUCUCCCAAGGCAUCCUAACCGUGCGCUUCGAGCUGCCCUUCGCCGUAUGGUGCCAGCACUGCAAGCCCGAAGCCAUAGUGGGCCAGGGCGUGCGCUUCAAUGCCGCGAAGAAGAAAGUUGGGAAUUAUUAUAGCACGCCGAUAUGGAGCUUCAAAAUGAAGCAUACCGCGUGUGGUGGGGAGUGGGAGGUCAGGACGGAUCCGAAGACGACGCAGUAUGUGUGUGUUGAGGGUUGUCGGAAGAGGGAUUAUGGGCCGGAGGACAACAGUGAACAGGAUGGGGAAUUGAAAUUCUUGAGUGAGGCAGAGAAGGCCAAGAGAAGAGACGAUGCGUUUGCUGGGCUAGAGGGCAAGCUGGAAGAUAAGGCGAGGAGGAAGGAAGACAAGGAGAGGGUGGAGGAAUUAUAUGAUAAGGCGGAGGUUUGGAGGGAUCCGUACGAUGUCAAUGCGCGGUUGAGGAAGGGGAUGAGGGAGAAGAGGAGAGUAUGGAAAAAGGAGGAGAAGCAUAAGGAGGCGAUGCAGGAUAAAUUCAGUCUCGGGCUAGACAUUGCAGACGAGACGGAUGCAGAUCGGCAGAGGGCAGGGCUGAUAGAGUUCGGUGGUGAUGAGGAUCGAGCGGAGAGAUGGAAGCCGCUCUUCGCGGCAACGGACACAGAAGCCGGAGAUGAGCCGAGCGCAAGACCGAAGACGAAGAAGCUAAAGGCUGAGAUGGCUGCGGAGAAGAGUCGCAAGAAUCUGCAGCAGAAGCUUGUGGGCAACACGCGCGCCGCUGUCGACCCUUUCGUCUUGCAAGAGACCGCAGCUAAGACGAGACCCAACCUCGGCAUUUUGAAGAGGAAGAGAGAUGUGGACGCUGUCGUAGAACCACAAGUCCUGUUGCAACCCGGCACGACCAAAGCCAAUGUGCCGCCCACUCAGACCCUUGCAGUACUGGUGGGAUACGACUCCGACUGAGGCGCUGGCGAUCAAAGCCUCCAUCGACCUUACGUCUCAUUGCUGCAUGAAUGGCGUUUGUCUUAGCGAUUGCAUUAUGAUACCCCAUUGAUGAUUCUAUUCUCAAUCCAUAACCUACUUCAUCGACGGCUCAGACCUUUUGCUUCGCCAUCCACUCCUCCGCCUCCUCCUUGAACUCUGGCCUCCACCUCGUCAUCGGCGGUCUCUCGUUCACAAUAUCGCCCACACCCCAGAGCAUGCGCUUCUUGUCUAUCUCUUCGCUUACGUCGUUGUCAGGGCAGAUGAUGUAAAACUUGUUCUUC